AUGAAUCGAAGUGUGAUUUUGUUGUUGUUCGCAUUCUGUAUUACUGUAUCCUGUUUGGAUCUGAAUAAUAAGAACAAGAAGGAUCACAUCGACGUGGAUAUCGAUAUCGAUAUUGAUGUUGAGGAUGGAAAACGUGGCCACAAAAAACACAGCGGAGGAAAGAAGCAUCACAGAUCAGAACAUGAUGAAGAAUGUAGAGAUGAACCUCGAAAACAUAGGAAACCAAAACAUCGACGUGCUAAACAAUAUGAAUGUCCAGCUGGAUUCAUAUUGUUCAACAGAACUGUUCCAUGGUGUUUGAAGGUAAUUUUAAUUUCAAUAGCAGAAAGCUACAACACUUUUUCAGGCCGUAACCUCUUCUGAAUCAAUCGCAAGUGGUGGAGCUCAAAAUCUAUGUCCCUUAGACUCAAGUCUUUCAAACUUUGAAAAUCAAAACGAAACAGAUGUCAUUAUUAAUCCCUUGUACUCUCAAAUCAAUGGUGUUUCUCUAACUGUUGGUGGUCGAAGAAUCGAACAAUGUAUGGGAAUCAAACCGAACAAUCAUGAUAGUCCGUGCACAGUUGAUGGAGUGAGUCAAUUCUAAAUACAUAUUUCUAGACGAAUUGGAAUGUUUUUGCAGACCUUCAGGUUCCCUGACAAUCACACAAAUCCAGCAUUCACCGUUGCGAAUUAUUAUGUCUCUCAACCAGAUUCACAACAAAGAACAAUCAAGUACCGUAGUUUUUCUAGUUUUCUUAAUAUUAAUUUCAUGUUUCAUUUUCAGCGGAAAACUAUACAUUGAGGAUUGCUUGACAAUUUAUAUUUCCAAAGGAACUGCAGUGGACAAAAAAUAUAAUGAUAUUUUCUGCGAUUUUGCUGUUUCUCCAGUUGAUGCUGGUUUAAUCUAUCAAAGUCGGGGUGCACUUUGUGGAGUUGCUGCUACAAGGAAAAGAUGA